CAGUCAUCGAUUUCGUUCGGCUGCUCGCACAUUAGAGACACGGAGGAGCUACUUUCUAUUUCACAUGGUGCUCAGUCAGUCAGUCAGUCAGUCAGUCAGUCAGUCAGCCAGUCAGUCAGCCAGUCAGUCAGCCAGCCAGUCAGUGGGUUUGUUAGAUAGUUCAGGAAUUAUUUAGCUAAUCAGUCAGUCAGUCAGUCAGUCAGUCAGUCAGUCAGUGUUGUGGUGUUGAGGGCAGCAGCAGCUGUGUGGAGGGAAGCCUGUAGCUGAGCAGGAAAAGCAGCGUGGAGGAAACACCGCAGAGACGUGAUGGUGUGAAACGGCUCCGGCAGCGUCUGCUGUGACCACCCACUAAGGCCCCGACUCACACACACACACACACACACACACACACACACACACACACACACCAUGAGUGCCCCAGCAGCUGAGGACCCAGCUACCCCCCCACCCAUGACCACACCCCCCCGCAAAGCCUCUGUCCGCCUGCAGGAGAGGCGGGGCUCUAACUUGUCGCUGCUAUUGGAUGUGAGCAACUUGGGGGCGGAGUCACUGUGCUCUGUCUCCACCCCCAAGGAGGUGUGGCUUCAGCUGCUGCACACCUCGUCCCGACCGCUCACACACACGCUGCUGCAGGAGGCCGCCAAGGACACACACACACUGAAUGUAGAGUACCAGAAGAUCCCUCCCAACUUUGUGAGCGCUGCAGAGCUCGACGUGCCGGGACACACCGUGAAGGACCGAUACAAGACCAUCCUGCCCAACCCGGACAGCCGGGUCGUCCUGAGGAGCCCGGAGGAAGAGCCGGGGCCGGACCGCUACAUCAACGCCAACUACAUCCGGGGCUACAGAGGAGCUGCCGGGGCCUACAUCGCCACCCAGGGCCCCAUGGUGCACACUGUCGGCGACUUCUGGGACAUGGUGUGGCAGGAGAGGAGCUGCAUCAUCGUCAUGGUGACCAGACUCAAGGAGAACAACGAGAAAUGUGAACUGUACUGGCCGGAGCCGAGGGCGAGGAGGAAGGUGAAGGAGGAGGAAGAGGAGGAGGAGGAAAAGGAGGAGGACGAGGAGGAGCAGAGGGAGGAAGUGGAGGAGGAAGGAGGAGAGACGGGGAGAUUCGGCAGAUUCCUCCUCAGAGUGAAAGACACCAGAGAAGAAGAGGAUUUCACCAUCACUGACUUGGAGAUCCAGCUGUCCUCCGAGCGUCGUGCAGUCAGACACUACUGGUUCACCUCCUGGCCUGACCACAACAUCCCACAAUGCACCGCUCCUCUGCUGAGGCUGGUGGAGGAGGUGGAGGCUUACAGGAAGUCCCUCCUCCCGCCGCCCGGCCCCCGGCCAAUCACAGAGCCCGCGCUCGGCCCGGUCGUCGUGCACUGCAGUGCAGGUAUAGGGAGGACGGGCUGUUUCAUAGCGAGCAGCAUCGGCUGUCAGCAGCUCAGAGAGACGGGUCAGGCCGACGUGCUGGAGACCGUCUGCCAGCUCCGACUGGACAGAGGAGGGAUGAUCCAAACCACGGAGCAGUACCAGUUCCUGUACACCACGCUGGCCCAGUACAGCUGCCAGCUGCAGAACCAGAACCACAACCAGAACCAGCCCGGAACACAGUUACAGAACCUGGGUGACACCCGGAACCAGCAGAACCCGAAAGAGCCAGCGAGCCCGGUCCAACUCAGCUCUCAGCUACAGAACCUACAGCUAGACAACCAGCAGGGCCUGAGGAACUGAUACCGCACAGAACCUGGAGAACCAUCUGCGACAUCUGCAGGGGCCAGGAACGUACAGCACAGAACCCAGGAGAACUCAGAACCGAAAGAAAACAUGAUAACGAUUAACAGUAGAAACAGAAAGAUGUAGCCAAGUGAACUAAGAGAACAAAAAGUCACGGAACCCAAAGAACUGAUUCCAAAUACAGUGAAAAAUGUAGACACAAUUAAAGAAGUGGAGAACCAACAGUGUCUACAGUGUCAUGAUCAGACACAAAACCUAAAAGAACUAGAUCGUUCGGUCUGGGUCAACUACAGAACCCAAUGAAGUGAUUCUGUAAAGAGCCAGGAGAACAAAGAGCAUCUGGAGGGCAAGAGAACAGAGAACUUGUGAUAAGGAUAGCCAAGAGCCAAACAUAUGAAGCAGAACCAGGAGAACCCAUUCUAAACGUGAGUUACAGAAUGCAGAGAGUGAUAGGUACCUAUGGAGAACAGUCUAUAGUGUGAGCCAAAUGAUCUAUAGAACAUAAACAGCUGAUGAUGGACUGAGCCAGCAGAACCAACAACAUGUUGAGAGCCAGGAUUGAACCACAGAACCUGGGAGAACAGAGCGAACUAACAGAACCAGGAAGAGACAAACUAAAGAACCAAGAAAUGCAGCACAAUGAGGAACUAGUGCAGAAUGUAAUUUAGAGAUACAAAAAUCUGGAGAACCAACUGCCUCCUCAGAGUCAAGAAUCCACCGAGACCCGAGUGGAAUCAAGAACCAAGAAGGAGAAUCGGGUAAUGAGUCAGUUCAGCUUGCAGCCAUGUAACCCACAGAAGAACUGAUACCAUGCAGAACCAAGAGAACUAACAUCAUGUGAAGAGCAUGGAACCAGCAGAACCCAAACGGGAAGCAAAAUAUGGAACCUACAACUGGAUGAAGCACAGAAGAAUGCAGCAAAGUUGAAGAACUGUUUAACCAAAAAUCUAGAGAACCAACAGCAGCGGAACAUGAGGAACUGAUACCACACACGCCCUGGAGCGCCAAGUCUCCGUAGAGCCAGCAACAAGCGGAGAACCCAGAAGAACCAGGUAGCUUUGUCUAAUUCAGCUACAGAACCCAGUGGACAAAAUCUGGAGAACUUUUGACCUCUGUCGAAUAAGGAUCAGGGAGAGAACGAGCUUCGUCCAGCUCAGCUCACAGCUGCAGAACCGACACAACUUGAAGAAGUGUUACAGAACCAAGAGCCUCUGGAAAACUGAGGAUACACACUAUAGUGAUCCUGGGGGAACCGAGAACGAACUGAUCUCAGGGAACCCGGACAGACAGCCAGGUCAGCGACACAACUGACAGCUGAACACAAAGAACCAGAAACUCUCACAAAUUCCAACUCAAUCAAACUCUGCUGUGUUCCCUCCUUGUUGCGGUUCCUUUGUUCAGGUGUGGAACCGGGUUGGACCAAAACAACCAGGCCAAAACCCGCUGAGGAGGACGUCUGUCUCGGUUACAAACAAACUCUGACGCGAUUCGUUUGAACGUGAACCAAAAUCCGACCUGACUGCAGGAACCAUCAUGUGUUUUGGACUUAAGCAACUCCCAUAGCUCAGGUGAGCGUUAUGGACAACAGAACAACAGAGGAACACAGUGAGGCAAAGCUUGACGAGGAAACAUGUUGGUACAUGGCCCAAAGGUACGACAGCAUAUCAGCGCUGCUGUAGGGACAAAAAAAGGUCGGGGUGAUAUUCCAAGACAAAAAACUCUAACCCUAACCCUAACCCUGACAAAAACUGUGAAAACUAGCUGUUCUCCUCCUGUGGGAU